CGAAAACCCUAGUGCCUUUAUUUGAGCCAACUUCAUUUGCAUUUCUCACCAUUGUUCCCCAAUCGCUCCUCCCUUAGCCAUUUCUUAAACCCUAAAUACUUCGCUGCGAGUAUCCGAUCUUUGUGAGUUUUCAGAUAUGAGUUCGGACGAUGAGAGAGACGAGAAGGAGCUAGAUCUUACCUCGUCUGAAGUCGUCACCAAGUACAAGAGCGCCGCUGAAAUCGUUAACAAGGCGUUGCAGGUUGUCCUGGCUGAAUGCAAGCCAAAAACUAAGAUUGUCGAUAUCUGCGAGAAAGGAGAUGCUUUCAUCAAAGAGCAAACAGGGAGCAUGUACAAGAAUGCUAAGAAGAAGAUUGAACGAGGUGUCGCUUUUCCAACAUGCAUUUCUGUGAACAACACCGUAGGCCAUUUCUCACCGCUUGCUAGUGAUGAGUCAGUUUUGGAAGAAGGUGAUAUGGUGAAAAUUGAUAUGGGAUGCCAUAUUGAUGGUUUCAUUGCCCUUGUUGGCCACACACAUGUUCUCCAAGAAGGACCGAUUAGUGGACGCAAAGCUGAUGUUAUUGCUGCUGCAAAUACAGCCGCUGAAGUUGCUUUGAGGCUUGUACGUCCUGGGAAGAAGAACAAUGCUGUCACUGAAGCUAUUCAGAAGGUGGCUGAAGCUUAUGACUGCAAAAUUGUUGAAGGGGUUCUUUCCCACCAGAUGAAACAAAUGGUGAUAGAUGGAAGCAAGGCUGUCCUAAGUGUAUCCAGUCCAGAUUCUAAGGUUGAUGAUGUGGAAUUUGAAGAGAAUGAAGUCUAUGCAAUAGAUAUCGUGGCAAGCACUGGUGAUGGCAAGCCGAAGCUAUUAGAUGAGAAGCAAACAACUAUUUACAGGAAAGAUGAGCUUGUUAACUAUCAGUUAAAGAUGAAGGCCUCCAGAUUCAUAAUCAGCGAGAUUAAAGAAAACUUCCCCCAUAUGCCAUUCACUGCAAGGUCAUUGGAGGAGAAAAGGGCACGUCUUGGACUUGUGGAGUGUUUGAACCAUGGUCUUUUGCAACCAUAUCCUGUUCUUUACGAGAAGCCUGGGGAUUUUGUGGCCCAGAUUAAAUUCACAGUUUUGCUGAUGCCAAAUGGAUCGGAUAGGAUCACCUCACAUUCGCUUCAGGAGCUUCAACCUACGAAGACCAUUGAGGACCCUGAGAUCAAAGGUUGGUUAUCCUUGGGUUUCAAAAAGAAGAAGGGUGGUGGAAAGAAGAAGAAAGCCAAGAAGGCAGGAGAGACAGGGGAGGCCUCAACGGAGGCUGAGCCAAUGGAAGCAAGUAGCAAUGCUCAAGAAUGAGGAGGAGAUCUUCUCUUUGUUUAUUUUAAAGAAUUUUUGGAACUUUGAGGUACCUUUUUCUUUGUAUGUUCGGGUUUCAGAGAGUUUCUUCUUAGAAAAAAGAACAAGUAAAAGUUACUUAUCAACUUGUGUUUUUGUUGUUGCACAAACCCUUUUCUGGAAUGUUCAUUCGCAUUGACCUGCUCGACUUAAAUCCGAAACAUAUUUUCUCA